GCAGAGGUAGCGGCGAAGAAGAGGAGGAACACAUUUUUGGCUCCACAUUUAAUAAAAGAGGAGCACGGUUUUUUUUUGUUGUUGUUGUUUGCAAGUUGCAAAGCUUACACUCGAAACAGAAGCUAUGGCUCGCUACAUGCGCCCGCCGAACUCGUCCUUGUUCGUCAGAAACAUUUCUGACGAGUCCAGGCCUGAGGAUUUGCGGCGUGAGUUUGGCCGCUAUGGGCCAGUAGUAGAUGUCUACAUCCCACUUGACUUCUAUACACGUCAACCAAGAGGAUUUGCAUACAUUCAGUUUGAGGAUGUGCGCGACGCAGAGGACGCUCUUCACAGCCUGGACAGGAAGUGGGUAUGCGGCCGCCAGAUCGAGAUCCAGUUCGCCCAGGGAGACCGAAAGACGCCCAACCAGAUGAAGACGAAGGAGCGGCGCUCCCCGUCGCGCUCGUCCCGCUACGACGACUACGACCGCGACCGCCGCCGCCGACAUCUUCUGUAA